CACACACACACACACACACACACACACACACACACACACACACACACACACACAGACAGGGUGUGUUUCUGCAGAUUCCCGCCCUGCCUCCUUCCACAGUCAUCCUUUCAUAAUUCAUUCGCAUCUAUUCUUACAACUGACCGACUCCUAUCCGCUCGCCGUGGUAUCACACUGACCCUCUCCGUCACAACAGUCUCCUCCCCCCCAUUCGACGCCACGCCGACCUUUUGACUGACAACAAAUGUGACCAAUAAGAACCGGAAUCCCCACUAGCUACGUAUCUCAUCGGCCAAUGAGAACGCCGGUGGGCGGGAAUCACCGUGGGCCUGGCAUUCAUGUUUGGUUGCAGAGAAAGUCUUUCCCCGGCUAUGCGAGCUGACUUACAGCUGAGCUGAGGAGACGCAAGGACGGACACCGGAGCCAACCACACCUCUCCUUCAAGGAGCCUCCUCGACUUUUGGAUACUACUCGGGAACUAUUCGGAAGCGGUCAACUUGAAUUUAUUCUUUACCCUUUUUUUUUUUGAACGGAAUGGAUUAUGAAAAGACCUAAACUGGGCGGUCUGGUGUAGAAGUGUUGCUGGAAGAGUUUGCCAACUUUUGAAGGAGGUCACAACUUUAACGUUUAAAGUCUUAUCUGGAGGGGAACUAACUCCAAAGCUGAAAUGGAUCAAGCCAGCGGUGGGGAGGACCCGAAUAAACCCUCCAAAAAGAAGUCCAACGAGGAUGAGGGUAAAAACAAAAAGCUGAACAUACACAUAAAAACAUUGGCUGAUGACAUGCGCGAUCGUAUCACCAGUUUCAGGAAAACAGGGGGGAAGAAGGAGAAGCCCCUUAUACAGCAUCCAACAGAUCCCCUCUCUACCCAGGCUGAGCUGCCUAUUCCUCAGCCCCUUUUUGACGACCGCUCCAUGAACCUCUCAGAAAAGGAGAUCAUUGACCUCUUUGAGAAGAUGAUGGAGGACAUGAACCUGAAUGAGGAACGCAAAGCCCCUCUGCGUGGAAAGGACUUAAGCACCAAACGUGAGAUGGUGGUCCAGUACAUCUCAGCCACUGCCAAAUCUAUAACUGGGAGCAAAGUUGCGGGUGGACUGAGAAACAGCAAGCACGAGUGUACGCUUUCAUCCCAGGAAUAUGUCCACGAGCUGCGUUCUGGCAUCACAGAAGAAAAGCUGCUCAAUUGCUUGGAGUCUCUCAGAGUGUCCCUCACUAGCAACCCUGUCAGUUGGGUUAAUAACUUCGGCCAUGAGGGUCUUGGCCUACUUCUAGAUGCUUUGGAGAAGCUGCUGGACAAGAAACAGCAAGAGAUUAUCGAUAAACGGAACCAGCAUAAACUCAUCCAAUGCUUGAAAGCGUUCAUGAACAAUAAGUAUGGACUGCAAAGGAUCCUGGGAGAUGAGAGGAGCCUAUUGCUGCUGGCACGAGCGAUUGACCCCAAACAGACCAACAUGAUGACAGAGAUUGUCAAAAUUCUCUCUGCUUUCUGUAUUAUUGGAGAGGAAAACAUCCUGGAUAAGAUUCUAGCUGCCAUGACAAUUGCUGCAGAGAGGAACAAUAAAGAGAGAUUUGCUUCGAUUGUGGAAGGACUGGAGAACCAUGAAGCCCAGCAGCUGCAGGUUGCUUGCAUGCAGUUGAUUAAUGCCCUGGUCACUUCCCCUGAUGACCUGGACUUCCGGAUACAUCUACGCAAUGAGUUCUUAAGAUGUGGUCUAAAGAAGAUCCUACCUGAGCUAAAAGAGACAGAGGAGCUCGACAUCCAGCUGAAGGUGUUCAAUGAGAACAAGGAGGAGGACUCUAUUGAGCUCUCCCAUCGCCUGGAUGACAUCCGCGCUGAGAUGGAUGAUAUGGGUGAGGUGUACCAUCUCCUGUCCAACAUGGUGAAGGAUACUGGUUCGGAGACCUACUUCUUGUCGAUUCUUCAACACUUACUGCUCAUCAGGAAUGACUAUUACAUCAGGCCUCAGUAUUACAAGGUGAUAGAAGAAUGUGUGUCUCAGGUGGUCCUGCAUCGCAAUGGGAUGGACCCUGACUUUGGCUACAGCAAAAGAUUGGAUGUGGACUUCACGCAUCUGAUUGAUCAGUGUGUGGAUAAAGCCAAAGUUGAAGAGAGUGAGCAGAAGGCUGCAGAGUACUCCAAAAAGUUUGAUGAGGAGUUCAGUGCACGACAGGAGGCCCAGGCCGAGUCUCAAAAGAAGGACGAAAGAAUCAAAGAGCUGGAGGGAAAGAUCCAGACCCUGGAGUCCCAGUUAACUAUUGAAAAAGACAAGCUCAAAGAGGCUCAGAGACUCAUCAGGGAAUCUGAAGCCAAGAUUGCUGCGGGUCCGACUGUUCCUGGAGCACCACCUCCACCACCCCUUCCAGGGGGCGCAGCAGCUCCUCCUCCACCUCCACCACCCCCUCCCCCACCUCCACCCGGUGGCUGUCCACCCCCACCUCCACCGCCACCUCUCCCUGGCCACGCUGGCAUUCCGCCACCGCCUCCCCCACCUCCGCCCCCAGGUGGAGGACCUCCACCUCCUCCACCACCCCCUGGUUGUGGGCCGCCACCUCCUCCGCCUUUCUUCGGUGGCCCGGGCGGGCCUCCGCCACCUCCUUCGCUUCCUGUCAUAAAGCUGCCUUAUGGAUUGGAGCCCAAGAAGACCUACAAGCCAGAAACUGUGAUGAAGAGGGUCAACUGGACCAAGAUAGUGCCUCAGGAAAUGGCAGAGAAUUGCUUCUGGAUCAAAGUCAAAGAAGAGAAGUUUGAGAAUCCUGACCUAUUUGCUCAGCUCUCCCUCUGCUUCUCCUCGCAGAGCAAAGUGAAAAAAGACGUACAUGAUGAGACUGACAACAGAAUGCAACAGUUCAAGAAAAAAGCAAAAGAGCUUCGCAUCUUGGAUGCCAAAACUGCACAGAAUCUUUCAAUUUUCUUGGGCUCGUUCCGCCUGCCUUAUGAAGAGAUCCGGGACAUUGUGCUGGAGGUAGACGAGGAAAGACUGAGCGAAUCACUCAUCCAGAACCUGAUAAAGAACCUGCCAGAGCAGAAAGAGCUGAGUGCGCUAGCAGAACUAAAGGGUGAAUAUGAAGAGCUAGUGGAAUCGGAGCAGUUUGGCAUUGUGAUGAGUUCCGUAAAACUCCUACGGCCGCGUCUAAAUGGCAUUCUGUUCAAGCUGACAUUUGAGGAACAGGUGAAUAACAUCCGGCCAGACAUCAUGAAUGUGACAUUUGCCUGUGAAGAGGUGAAGAAAAGUGAAGGCUUUAGCAAACUCUUGGAGUUGGUGUUGCUGGUUGGAAAUUACAUGAACGCUGGCUCAAGGAAUGCCCAGACGUUUGGCUUCAACAUCAGCUUCCUUUGCAAGCUCCGAGACACAAAAUCCAUCGGUCAGAAUACAACACUUCUUCAUUUCCUGGCUGACAAGUGUGAAGAGAAUCAUGAAGCAAUUCUGAGGUUCCCAGAAGAACUGGAUCAUGUAGAUAGUGCCAGCAAAGUGUCUGCUGAGAUCUUAAAAAGCAGUUUGACCACCAUGGAACGUCACAUUCAGAGGUUGGAGAACGACAUCGAGAACUUCCCUAAAACAGACGACAAACAAGAUAAGUUUGUGGAAAAGAUGUCCGGCUUCUGCAAGCAUGCCCGGGAGCAGUAUGAAAAACUGUCCACGAUGCACAAGAACAUGCAAAAGCUCUACGAGAACAUAGGCAGCUUUUUUGCCUUUGACCCCCACUCGGUCAGCGUGGAGGAUUUCUUCGGAGAGCUCGCCAACUUCCGUAUCCUCUUCAUGGAAGCAGUGAAGGAGAACCACAAGAAGAGGGAGAUGGAGGAGAAGAUCAAGAGAGCCAAGCUGGCGAAGGAGAAAGCAGAGCGCGAGAAGCAGGAGCGCCAGCAGAAGAAGAAGCAGCUGAUUGACAUGAACAAAGAGGGAGAUGAAACUGGUGUGAUGGAUAGCCUGAUGGAAGCCCUACAGUCCGGAGCAGCCUUCCGUGAUCGGCGAAAACGGACACCACGCAAUGGUGAUCAAAGUCCUUCCAGUCCAGGCUCUCGGUGGCCGGGUGCUAACUAUGGUAACAGAACCCUAGACAACCGCCGCGCAGUCCUGGAAAGGUCUCGGUCACGCCACAAUGCAAAUCACCAAGCUCGAUGAUCACCCGCGCCUACCACAAGACGCUAGAUAAGUGCCAAAGAGGCCUGCAAGGUGGAGACCUGGAAGACAUCUAAAGGAGGGACAGAGCACCCCUCACUGUGGCACACACACACACACACACACACACAUACACACAGAACACCAUGUACGGAACGAAAAUGCCUAAAGAAGCCACACAGAGCUGAAGAAGUCCAUCACACACACACACAUUUCAUUUUCAUGCUGUUCGUCUGAGGCCUUACAUAUUUAUUCAAUACUUUCUCAUAAUUCUAAAUGUUCAUGUCCUCUCUAGAUGGUUUAUAGGAAGAAAAAAAAAUCACAUUUUUAAGACUGCUGCUGUUCGAAAUGAAAGGUUUUCAUUGCUUGGAAAUCCAUUUUGAUUCAUGCAAGUCUAAGCCUUCUACUUAUCAAAGUACUACAGUUCACAUGCAGUUUUGACAUGAAACAUGCAGUGUUUGUUCAUUCUGCCAAGAAAGACUUUACCAUAGUGUAUGCGGGCAAGCUGUUCUUUAAAUGGAAGACAGGGAUUUAACAUCCAUGUUGGCAAGCCUACAGCCUGCUGAUGCUUGCUUCAAGUCACCAAACUCUUAGCGGAAGAGGGAGUGGUUGCUUAAAAUGUUUAUUUUUUUUGGUUUUUUGUUUUUUUUCUGUCAGUCCUUCCUUCACCAACAUCAAGAGUCCACAUGAAUUAUUUUAAUUUCCUUCCAUAUACCGCAAAGCCCACAAAGAGCUGGCCCCUGUCUGUGCCGAUAUUUCAGAGCAUGUGACUCACGGAUCUGUAAUCUCCAUUUUGACGAGACGCAUUUUUAUUUUUAGUUAUGUAAUAUCUAACAAAUGCCUUCGGGGUGCUAAUCUCUGUCCCAAGGUCGCUUUUGCUGUUUAACGUGAGAGACUGACACAUUUCUAAAUGCACAUAACUGCCUGAAGGAGCUAACAUGACCCUUUGAACUUUCCUGCAGUUAACACAAACUGCACAGGUAUUAUGACAUUUUUAAUAUUAAUAUUAUCUGAAUGCAUUGGGGAUUUUUUUUUUCUAUAUGAAGGCUCUAAGAAGACAUCCAAAAAUGACAUCUGUUGAGAGACCAAUGGCUCCUGUUAAAAUUCCCACAGCAGAUUUUCCCCCAUUUUAACAAAAUAAAUAAAUAAACAAAAAAAUGUCUGUAGAAAAUUAAGGCAUUAUGUACAUUUGUUGUUCAACAAUAUUCCAUUUUAAACAGACGUGUAAUUAAUAAACACAGGGCUAAGCAGCAUAAAAAUAAAACACAGCUGAGAUUUUGGUGGUAUAUUUAUAUUGUUGAAGAAAAUGUCAAAUGUUUGUAGGCUUAUAUGAACCACAGGAUGUAUUUUACAAUCUAUUUAAAAACCUCUUUGGGGUAAAAAACUCAAUCUACUAAGGAAGGGACUGCAUGCCUCAAACACUAAAGAGUCUUAGGACUACCCUGUUUCAUGGUGGGAUCUACGAAGUCACAACUUAAUACUUAACAUCUCACCUGAUGAAGCUUUCAGCAUCAGCUUGGUGUUUAUGUUCAGAAUAGUUGAAACUUUGCUGUAAGCUUUGUUCCUCUGCAAGGACCCAGUCACACAGCUCCUUCACAUGAACUGUUUAUUCAUAUAUUCAUGCCUAGAGCCUCCCUGUCCCCUCACUACCCUAAACUGUAAGCAGAUGCCACUAAAACACCACCACUGAAUCCACACGGAGAGUGGGCACGACCAGAAUAAUCGACUAAGGGGGCACAGAAGACAAGAUGAUGGUUGUCUUGGCAAGUGAGUCUCCAAAUGCCCUCCAAUUCCCCAGCACUAAUGGCAUAAGUGACCCUUUUACCAAAACACGAGUUUCUUUAAUAAUACCAUAACUCUACUUUAGGCUUUGUGUGUUUGUGUAUUUGGGCAAGUGUGCGUCUGUGUCUGUGUGUAUGCGUGUGUUUGUGUGUGUGUGUCUGUGUCUCUGUGUGUGUGUGUGCGCACACCAUGCCAGCUCAGUAAUCGGAACAGGAACCCAGGCAAAAUAGGAUUCAGUGUGCUUGACUCCUGGGCUGAAUAGAUGGAGAUUUUUCAUUUAAACAAUCUGCCAGUGCAGCUUGUGAUGUGUCUGUUUCAUGAUGCCUCCUCUCCCAGCUUGCAUGCUUCUAAAAAUGCAAUUUUACACAUCAUCUCGGCUCAAGGUGCAUCCACAAUGCUCUGAGAAGUCUGAAUAUUUAAAGAGACAAUAAUUCUCCCCUGAAUAUAUGGUUCGAGCAGUUGCACAGAGAAAGCAUAGAGAAUGUGAUUUCCGCAUAAGGGAUUCUGAAUAGAGAAGAGUUUCAAGGAUGUGUUGUAUAAAGCAGAGAUUGAGAUGUGCCAUUAAAGGCAGUGGUUUUCUUUUUUCUAAUCACAACUCGCCCUUUGUCCUUAACACAACCACGCCUGUACAGUUAAACGUACAGAAUAAGAGUUGUUUUUUUUUUAAUAUUAGUUCCCCAUCAACACAUUCUGAUUGGAUACAUGCCAAAAUAACCAAGGUUUGUGGUUGAAAAUUAAAAUGAAUUUGAACGAAAACGUUUUAUUCAUCGUUCAAUCAAUUUCAGAUUUUUCAAACGUGCCAUUUUCUGGAAAUUCAUUUUUCACCAUACAAUAACAGAGAAUCCCUGUUUGUCUUUGUUUAUUUUUUGUUUGGUAUAUCAAAGGGAUGACAUGUCUGUUUUUGUCAAAGUAUGAGAAAAAGUGUACAGACAUUAAAAAAAAAGGUUAGUUUUAUUUUAUUUGUAGCUAUUGUUUGAUAAAAAUGGAUCCAAUUAAGAAUUGUCAUUCUAAGUAGGGUAUUUUGACGUGAUUACAAAAUGGUAGUCGUGGUAUUUCUUCACUCCAACAUCCUUUGUAAGAUUUAGUUGGAGUUUUUAAAAAAAAGUCUUUUGUCUUGAUGCCAUUGUAGAACUGUAAUAAGCUUAGAGCUACAGUGUUUGCCAUUGUGGAAGUUUCAGAUCACGCAUCUUACUGGCAACAUUGAUUGUUAAGAACACUUAUUGUUUUUUUUAAGACUAACACCAAGCUUUAAGUUUGCCACAAGUCAAUAAAUCGAAUAGGUGAAACUGUUAAAGUUUCAAUUUUUUUUUUCCUCAAUGAAAACAGCUACAGUGCAGGCAAUAUUUAAUAAUAUAUAAGAGAAACUUCUACAAUGACAUUCCUCAUGAUCCCUAUAAAGUGAUUGUUGUAUUUCUCCCUCAGUCCAUCUUUUAGAAUAAUCAAGAAUGAUGUGCUUUUAUAGAAAAUAGCAAAAGUCCCAGGUCAAAGAACCUGAACCUUCCAUCAUUUUAGUGUGAAAAAACAGGCCUCAGUGUGUUUGGGCCAAUCAUCCCAUUGUCUUUAACUUGUGACUAACAAACCUGAACCUAUGAUAUGACCUGUGCUCAUGGUAAUUGUAAAAAUGAGGAGGCAGGGGUAUGAAAGAUUUAUGAGAAAAACUGUAAAGGUGCCAUUUUGGUUGUGAUUGGUGGCAAGUUUGUAACUUACACUCACUGACUGCGUGCACUUUACCUCACAAGAUAUUCUACUCAUGCAGAGAGAGAAUUGUUUGAGAUGUUUGAGUACGACAUUGCCACUAACGGAGUGAACUAUUUGCAAAGUAUUUCUUUUGGUAAAUAGUUCCAGCUGCCACAUAUCCAGUUCUUUCCUGCUUUGUUAGUGCUCACUAUCGAUUCGCGGAAGACCAAUUGAGACUGAAUCAACAAGCAACGCUCAUAACUGUUGACAAACCCUGUCCGAUCAUGAUGUGUAAGCUGCCAUAUCCCUGCCUACCUUCCUUGUUGUCAUUGAGUAUGUUUUAUUGUCUUAAGAAACAUUUAUAUUUGUAACAUUUUAAGUUUAUUUGUAUCCUUAAGAACAUGAAAAACACAAGAUGGUUAUGCACACUGUCCUUCCAUAGAGUAUGUAAUGGAGUAUGAUACUAAAUAAUAACCACUUUGUUAUAUAAACUGAUUUCUGAAAGAUA